AUGAAUAAGUUUUAAGAAUCAUAGACACUUAGACAAUAAGGACCCUUACAAACUUCAAAUAGACAACUAACAGAUCCUUAACUUUACAAUUUAAAUAAACACACUUCCUAUGUCUUUGCAGCAAUUGUUCAUAAUGUAAUUUUCCAAGAAAGUUAUGAUAAAUGCAAUGAAUUCGAUGAUAUGAAAAAACCAGAAUAAGAUGAAACAGAAUGGAAAAAGCUAAAAAAAACACUUUGGGAAGAGAAAAUAAAUAAAUAGAAUAAAUAAACUUUGAAAUAGCAAAUAUCCUUUAUAGUAUCUGCAGGAGCAGAUAAAAAUAUAUAUUUGUGGGAUAUUCAUAAAAUGAAAUCGUAAGACAAUUCAUAAGUUCCAAUUAAGCCUGAAUAAUUACCAUAAUAAUAAAAUACUUAUAUAUAAUCUAAUUCAGACAAUUAAGGGAAUGAAAAUUAAAAUAAUUAGAAUUUUUCAAAAGAUGAAUUAGAUUUAGAACAUGUAAUUAUACCAUAUUAAUAAAAUUUUUAUGAAUUUGUUACUUGUUUGCUUAGUGUAGAAUUAAAUUAGAAUUAAUCAUAUUUAAUUGUUGGCUAUGAAAAUAAUUAAAUAAUCCGAUACGAAUUAUCUGGUGAAUAUUGGAUGAAGAGUGUUAAUUUAGUUAGAUACAAAUUUAAUUUUUAGAACAUGUCUUAAAUAAUAAAAAAAUUACAACACCAUAAUGAUGCCGUAAGAUCUUUAGUUUACUAUAAAGAUUAACUAUGUUCAUGUGGUGAUGAUAUGUAGCUUUUAAUUCAAACUAUAGAUGGACAAGUUCUAAAAAGAUUUUUCUUUGAUAGCAUUAUUGAUAAUCUAUAUAUCUGGAAUAAUCAUCUGAUAUUUCCUCAUUUUACUGUUAGUUUAUAACCUUUUAGCUACGAAGAUGAGGAAACAUUGUUUGUAACAAAAAAAAAUGUUUAGAAAGAAAAUGUAGAAAAUUAAAAUUAGAAUUAAGCAAAUUAAUUAGAAGCAGGAGCAUAAAAUUAGAAUUAGAAUUAAAAUUAAGAAAAUUAAUAAGAAGCAGAAGCAUAAGCAUAACCAAAAGAAAAACAAAUGAUAACUCGAAUAGUAGAAAAACAAACUUAUAAUUAUGGUUUAUAAUAAUGUUUAAUGAUUAUGGGGGAAAACUAAUAGAAUAAUUAUGAUAUAAAAUUAAAUGAUUUAAAUUUUUAUAGUUCAUUAGAUGAGGCUUAUAAUUAAAUGGAUAAAAUUACUUGUUUUGAACUUUCAGACAAUAAAAAUAUUUUAUAUUCAACAGAAAGUGGGAAAUUAAUUAUGAUUUAGGAGCCAUUAAGGAAUCAUUCUAAAGGAGAAACCAUAACUGAUAAUUACAAAGAUUAAGAAAACAAAAAUUAAAAAUACAAAUAUCAAAUAUUAAGUUGCAAUACGAAAUAGUUAUUUUAUUUCAAUAUAGAAAUACUAAUGUCAUUCAUUAAGUAUGAAUCUAAGCUUUAUAUAUUCUGUAAAAACAAAUAAAAAAAAGAAGAUGUAGUUUUGAUAAUAGGUUAAGAAAUAACUAAUUCAUAAGAUUACUAAUUUGAAAUAGUUAAGAAGGAUUUAAGAAUUGAAUAUUUAUAAAUAUAUCAAAAAAGAGAAGAAAAUAAGCCAGAGCCUAAUCCCAUUAUUAUUCCUUAUGAAGUAUUUUUACAAAAUCCUAUAUUGGUAAAAGAAGGGGAUACAAAAAUAAUUUUGUUUUGUGGUGAUUAGUUGAGAUAUUAUAAGUUAUGA